AUGGCCUCUCAAAAUAGCAAGGAUGAGAACAAUUCACAGUGUAACCCAGCCUUGUCGUCGGGAGUCACUGAAGCGUCACCACAGAUGUCCGCUAUUCAUGAUUGCUUGCGGUCAAUUACCGGUAAACUGGACAAUAUCAAUGUACUACAGCAAUCAGUUAAUAAUAUGAAUCGGGAUCUAUGGGAUGAGGAUGGGUUAGAUGAGCGCAUCAAAUACGUCGGUCAACAACAUGAAGAUAAUGUUGGAGAAAUUGAGGCACUGAAAUUAGAAAACAAUUAUUUACGAAAAGAACUCCAAGUUUUAAAGUCAAUCGUCGUUAACUUAGAUAGAAGGGUCAGUCAGCAAGAAAAUGAAAUAGUAGACCUCAGAGGAAGAUCGAUGAGGGACAAUAUUCUUGUACAUAACUUAGCUGAAGAUGAUCAGGAAAAUCUGAACACUCGAGUUAGCGAGUUGAUAAAAGAGCAUUUAAAUUUGGAAGUUGGUUUCAUCAGGAUACACCGAAACGGUCAGAAAUUCCCUGGCAACCCGAAACCAAGGACAAUAACAGGGAAAUUACAGAACUACAAUGAUAAAGAACUCAUCUUCCAAGCUAUUCGUCAAAAGAAGGAAAAUGGCACCGUUAAGGACAUGCCCUUCUAUAUCACUCCACAGACGCCUCUGCAAAUAAAUGAAGGUAAAAAGAAACUGCAGGAGAUGAACAAUAAAUAUCGAGAAGAAAACGUCAAAACAAAGAUAGUGGGAAACAAGUUAGUCUUUCCAAACGGAAGCGUGUACCGUGACAAGGUGCUACCACCAAGGGCUGAGGAUAUACUCAUGUUGGACAAGGACGAAAUCGAAAAACUGGAUGAAUGCGAUGUAAGGAAGUGCGAAAGCGUAACAGAAGAUGGGAACAUUUUUACUUCAUUAAUCGCCGAAAUUCACACAUAUGCACAUGCUAGGAACGUUUACAAAAAUAUUCUACGCAACCCGGACUAUGCCUGUGCCAACCAUAAUAUCCUUGUAUACCGAUUCAAAGAUGCCCAAGGGCGAGUGCAUGACGGAUAUUGCGACAAUGGGGAAUACGGGGCCGGACGUCGACUACUUAAGGUACUGGUUGAGAGAGAAGUAUCGAACGUAGCGAUUGUCAUUUCGAGGAGGAAUGGUAAACAUUUAGGUCCCCGUCGGUUUGACAUUAUGAAAGAUCUGGUAAACAAAGCCGUCAGCCACACUUGUUAUUAA